UAGGUUCAGAACUCAACAGUUGACAAAUCUUGUCUUGCAAGUAACUUCAGCUUGUACGGGUUAGUAAAAUGUAAAUUUGUAAGCAAUCAAAGAAUAUGCUGUCGGACGAAGAGAAGGAGUUCAUCAUUGGUGGAGUUCAGGGAGAUCGGAGGGAAGAUGGCAGAUCGUGGGAAGAGUACCGCGUGAUUGAAGUAGAGUGUGGCUUGGUAUCGCACACAAAUGGAUCGGCCCGUUUGAGAUUGGGUGAGACCGAUAUCCUGGUCGGUGUCAAGGCUGAGAUUGUGCAGCCAUUGUCAUGGAAGCCUGAAGAGGGCACUGUGGAGUUCUUUGUUGACUGCUCGGCUCACGCCAACCCGGACUUCGAGGGACAUGGCGGCGAGGAUCUAGCCCUGGAACUGGCCAGCAUAGCGGAACACGCGAUACGGCCCGGCCUCGAUCUCAAGCAGCUCUGCAUCCGCAAGGAGCAACAAUGCUGGUGUCUGAACAUUGACGCUGUGGUAUUGCAGUGCGGUGGAAGUGUCUGUGAUGUGCUUUGCAUGGCAAUAGUGGCAGCCCUGCAUGAUACCAGACUACCAGACGUGACGGUGAGCGGAGGUGACGGCGAGCCCAUGGAGCUGGAUGUAUCCGAUAACCCGUACGACUGCAAGAGUAUAGACAUCUCCAACCUGCCAGCGCUCAUCACGCUGAAUAAGCUUGGUGACUGCUACGUGGUGGACCCUUCACUCGACGAGGAGAUGUGCACCAAUGCCAAGAUGAUGGUGGCAGUGAACAAAUCCGGCACGGUCUGCUACUCGGCCAAGUCCGGUCGCCUUGGCCUGGAGCCGGCCAUGAUCUUUGACAUGCUCUCUAAAGCAAAGAAGGUCGGUGUAACCCUACUCGAGUCCCUUGUCCAGCACUUAGACUCAGAGUCGUCGUCGAAAGGAAUGACAGCCGCAUCGAGCAUUAUUGGCUUUCUGAGAUAGCGCUUGUUGUAGGCACUCGCCAUCCGGGUUGCCUGUGAAUCGUGACAAUGCUUUGCCACUGCGUGGCAUUAUACCUUUUUUAUCAUUUGUUUUGUUCAAGUGGCAGCCAUGCAUGCAGUGAGUGGUGUGUGAUGCUGCGCAUCGCGUUGCCACUGUCUUGUGCGACUUGACUGUGGGUGCUGUAUGCCUUCAUAAAAAAAAUCUCGAAUGUUUCCUUUGAAGAUUUUACCCCAUGAAAUGAUAAAGAUGAAGGUUUUUUUUAAUAUUCCUCCCUUCAACUGCUAUAACCUUGAUAUGCUUCAUCCAAUUUCAAAGUGGAGAUUUUCGAGACCCGAUAAAAUCAUGUGGUCUGUGUGCUGUCGGCUGUAGCUUCCAUGUGACUAGCCUUCGCUCUAUUGUCCAUGAACGGCACCAAAAGUAUGCAGCUGCGGUCUUUGCUCUCUGGGCCAGAAGCACGAGAUACUGCCUUCAUUACCACCAUCAUGGCGUGUUCGAUUUAUUCCCUUCUUUAGAUCGCCUUUGAGUCCUUUGUCCGAACAGAGAGCAGCACUAGCUGCAUGUGAAGGAGUAUGACAUCGUAGCUG